CUUCGAAAAUGGCCGGAGCAAGCGGAGGAAGAUCGUUGAAGGAAACACCGACUUGGGCUGUCGCCGUAGUCUAUUUUGUUCUGGUUUCAGUUUCAAUAGUCAUUGAGCAUAUUAUCCAUCUUACUGGAAAGUGGUUGAAGAAGAAACAUAAAAGGGCUCUAUAUGAAUCAUUCGAAAGAUCAAAUCUGGUACAGUUGAUGCUGCUGGGAUUUAUAUCCUUGCUGCUAACAGGAGGACAAGGUACAAUUUCUAAUGCAUGUAUAUCGAAGAAAGUUGGAGACACGUGGCACCCAUGCAGCAAAAAACGAGAGGCCGAUAAAUAUAAAAACACUGAUAAUAUUGAAGAUGAAUCUCGCCGGAAACUUCUGAUGAUUGGUGGCGGCGGCAGCGGUAGUAUUAGACGGGUGCUGGCUGGUGGAGGAACAGACAAAUGUGCAGAGAAGGGAAAAGUCCCGUUUAUGUCGACGGACGGCAUACAUAAGUUACAUAUUUUCAUCUUUGUUUUGGCUGUUUUUCAUGUCCUCUAUUGUAUACUCAUCCUGGCUUUGGGAAGACUCAAGAUGAGAAAAUGGAAAGCAUGGGAAAAGGAAACAAGAACCAUUGAUUACCAGUAUUCACACGAUCCCGAGAGAUUCAGGUUUGCUAGAGAAACGUCAUUUGGAAGAAGGCAUAUGAGCUUCUGGAGCAAAACCACAGUUCUACUUUGGAUUGUUUGCUUCUUCAGGCAAUUUUUUAGGUCUGUACAAAAAGUUGAUUAUUUGACCCUACGACACGGAUUUAUCAUGGCUCACUUGGCACCUCAAAGUCACAACAAAUUUGUUUUUCAGAAGUAUAUAAACAGAUCGUUGGAAGAGGACUUCAAAGUAGUAGUCGGAAUAAGUCCUCCAAUCUGGUUCUUGGCUGUGGUCUUCUUCCUCUUCAAUGGACAUGGCCGGUAUACCUAUCUAUGACUACCCUUUAUCCCACUGAUUAUAAUCUUGCUGGUGGGGACCAAACUACAAGUGAUAAUAACGGAAAUGGGGCUGAGAAUUCAAGAGAGAGGUGAAGUAGUAAAAGGCGUGCCUGUAGUUCAACCCGGAGACGAUCUCUUCUGGUUCAAUCGUCCACGACUCAUACUAUUCCUUAUCACUUUCGUCCUAUUUCAAAAUGCAUUUCAAUUGGCAUUCUUUGCCUGGACUUGGUUAGAAUUCGGAUUGGGGUCUUGUUUCCAUGAACAAGUGGAGGAUAUAAUCAUCAGAAUAUCAAUGGGGUGA